UUAGAGAAAGACACGGUGAAGGGGCAAAAUAGGCAGGUUUCCUCGACCCCGGAGCCUGUUUCCAGCCUAUGUGGCUCCCUGUGCCUUGUAGACCUGGCGGCCCCUCUGUGCUUGCGGCCCCUAUUUGGGGGUCUGCGUGUCUACUGCAGGGCAUUGCAUAGGUGCAGAGAAGGCAGGACCAUGGCAUCUAGGGCCUCUGAACUUCCCCUAGGGCGCAAUGUGACGGCGGGCAUCAUCAUUGUUGGAGAUGAGAUCCUCAAGGGACACACUCAAGACACCAACACCUAUUUUCUGUGCCGGACACUGCGAUCCCUGGGAGUCAAGGUUUGCCGAGUCUCUGUUGUACCUGAUGAGAUAGCCACCAUUGCAGCCGAGAUCGCCUCUUUCUCCAGUCGCUUCACCCAUGUCCUCACUGCAGGGGGCAUUGGCCCCACGCAUGACGAUGUCACCUUUGAGGCAGUGGCACAGGCCUUUGGGGAGGAGCUCAAGCCACAUCCAGAGCUGCAAGCAGCCAUCAAAGCCCUAGGAGGGGAGGGCUGGGAGAAGUUGUCUCUGGUGCCUUCCUCUGCCCGCCUGCAUUAUGGUACAGAUCCUCAAACUGGUCAUCCCUUCAGAUUCCCACUGGUCUCUGUCCGGAACGUCUACCUUUUCCCAGGCAUUCCGACGCUGUUGCAACGGGUACUAGAGGGGCUAAAGGAUCUCUUCCGAAACACAGCUAUGCAGUUCCACUCAAAAGAGCUGUAUGUGGCUGCUGCUGAGUCCUCCAUUGCCCCCAUCCUAGCUGAGGCCCAGGCCCACUUUGGGCGUAGGCUUUGCCUGGGUUCCUACCCUGACUGGGGCAGCAACUAUUACCAGGUGAAACUAACUCUAGACUCUGAGGAAGAAGAACCUUUGGAGGAGUGUUUGGCCUACCUGACAGCCCGUCUGCCCCAGGGAUCACUGGUCCCCUACAUGCCCAAUGCAGUGGAACAGGCCAGUGUGGCUGUGUACAAACUCGCUGAAUCAGGGUCUUCUCUGGGAAAAAAGGUAUCAAGUGCCCUAGAGACCAUUGAGACAGCCCUGGCUCAGUACUGCCUCACCCAACUCUGCGUGGGCUUCAAUGGGGGCAAGGACUGCACCGCCCUUCUGCACCUUGUCCACGCUGCUGUAAAGAGGAAAUUUCCUGAUGUUCCAAAACCCCUCCAGAUCCUGUAUAUCCGCAGCAUUUCCUCUUUCCCUGAGCUGGAACAAUUUCUACAAGACACCAUCAAGAGGUAUAAUCUUCAGGUGUUAGAGGCUGAAGGUGACAUGAAGAAGGCCCUGGUUGAACUGCAAGUGCGUCAUCCUCAGCUCCAGGCUGUUCUGAUGGGAACCCGUCGGACUGACCCCUACUCCUGCGGCCUAAGUUCUUUCAGUCCCACUGACCCCAGCUGGCCUUCAUUCAUGCGCAUCAACCCACUGCUGGACUGGACCUACAGAAACAUCUGGGACUUUCUGCGUCAGCUGUUUGUCCCAUAUUGUAUCCUGUAUGACCGAGGGUACACAUCUCUGGGGAGUCAGGAGAACACAGUGCAGAACCCAGCCCUGAAGUGCCUGAGCCCAGGAGGACACCCCAUCUACCGCCCAGCAUACCUACUAGAAAACGAAGAUGAGGAGCGGAACUCCCGCACAUGAUCUCGCACGUGGGAGGGAGGAAAGAGGGGCUGGCCUGCAGUGUAACCUGCCAAUAAACCAUGUCUCUCACU